AUGGCCAGCAAAGACUCCAAAGAAGACAAGGACGCCCUCGAUGCUCUUGAGCUUGAGGCCAAGGAAUUUGACAAGGAUGCUGAGAUCGACCGUAUUUUGAAGGCUUUCCGCCUUGAUGCUUAUGCCGUUCUCGACCUUCAGCCUGGUGUCCCCGACUCGGACAUUAAGGCUACGUACCGCAAAAAGUCACUACUUAUCCAUCCCGAUAAAACAAAGAACCCCCUAGCACCAGAUGCCUUUGAUCGGCUAAAGAAGGCUCAAACGGAGCUUAUGGACGAGAAACAUCGUGAACGACUCGAUGAAGCCAUAGCAGACGCGCGAAUGCUUCUUAUUCGCGAGAAUAAAUGGACGGUAGAUAGCGAAGAGCUCAAAACGGAAGAGUUUCAGAAAAUGUGGCGCGCAAAGGCCAGAGACGUCCUCAUCGAUAACGAGCAUCGCCGACGCCGCCAAAUGAAAGCCCAGCUUCAGGAGGAAGGCCGUGAGCAACGGCGCGAAGAUGCCGAGUUGGAGGAUCGUAAGCGCAAGCGGCAGCAUGAGCAGGAUUGGGAGGCCACUCGGGAUGAGCGCAUCACCAGCUGGCGCUCGUUCCAGAAAGGACAAGGUGGCGACAAGAAGAAGAAGAAGAAGCUUAAGCCCAUCGGCUAA